CUCCCUCAUCGACGUAGUUUCAUCGAUGGUAGCGCGUUCGCUUGAGACAACCCUUUUUGGUUGCGGGUAAAAUUCGCUCUCGGAGCUUCACCGUCCGGCUGAAGUGCACCGCGGUUGACGUGAAAACAACAACGUCUUGAUAGGCGUUUAAAUCCCAGCCGCGUUCCAGACGCGUGCGGAUCCGUGCGCCGCAUAUUAGGUCGGUUUCUUUUCUCACGUGAGGACAGGUUGCUACCUGAGUUUCUAGAACAAACUGCGUCGGCAUUCGAUCGGCCUUCGCGAAUAGACAAGAGGCAAGAAGAAAGAGUGGUGUAAAAGGGUAGGAAGCGCAGCCAGAGAUCCGACGGACUUUCUCGUAUAAUGCGCUUAUCGAUCAAAAUUCAAUCGCGUUCGGGGAAAUCAGGAAAACGUGGUGCUGUGAGUUUCACCUCGUGUCUCACGUGUGUCUUUCUGAUCCAUUCCAAUUAAACCGUGCACGUAGCUCGAUACUUCGUUUUUGCCCCACAUUCACCCCACAUAUCUUUACGGGCGCGUCAAGGCGGCUCUCUCUCUGUUUCUGAUUCGAGCGUUUCUGCAAUACAGAUUGAUUAGCACGAGUGUCUGACAUUUCGCCGGGACAAUGCGAGUGACCGAAAGUUGCGGUCAAUCAAUGCGCGCUCCUUCGGAUUUCGGGAGCGAAAUUACGCAGAUUCAAUCGGGAACUCCUCCAAGUUCAUGCCCCGCGUCGCUCCGGAUUUAGUUUCGUCGUAUUUGCAAACGAACUAGUUUAACAUCGCGCACGAUGACAUACCGAUUGUACUUUUACCAUCAAUGAAUAUCGAUGCAUUUGAAUUCAACAGAUACUCGCGUAGAUCGCGGAAGGUUCGAUCGUCGGUCCGCCUCUGUGAUCGUGGAACUUUUAUCAGUCCUACGUCCGCUUUUAGGCAAUAUCGAGGGACGGAAGUCGUGGCGUGUAAAAUCUCGGUCACGACAAGCGUGACUGAUUGCUUUCACUGCACGCGCGAAGCGAGUCGUUCUUGUCGCCGUGAAAAUCGAAUUUUCUCGCAGAAAUUCCCCCGGUAAAUUAAUUCCAUUACCUCGACGCGGGUACACUUAAAGUGCAUCUGAUAAUUUUGCGCAACGUUUGAUUGAAAGGAAACGAUUGCCCGCGGCGAGACAAACGACCGGAUAGGAAUUUCAGCGGUGAAGCUGAACAGUUCGAGCGCCGCAUACAUUUUCUUAAUUGCAUAUCGUAAUCGACCGGUCGUGAUCGGAUUAAGUGACCGAGUAUUUUAUCGGUUCCGCCGCGACCGCCGUCGCGGUAAAAAUCGAUAUCGGUAUCGGCUCUCGGCCAACUUAUCGCCGUUAUCUGCACUUCGUUAGGGUGAUAAACCAACUCGCGAUUGCUUUCCCGCAUUCUAUACGCGCAAUCGAAUAUUCCAAAGACUUCCACUGCAUAAUUACCUUUCGUGUAUUAAAUCGCACAGUACCGUCAGUUUACAGUAUGUAAACAACGAGUGUAUAUAUAUCAGAUGCCCCAAAUAAUGCACUGAGAGAAAGAGAUGGUCGAUCUGACUAAAAUUAUUGGUAUUUUUGGUCCCUACCAAGUUUUAUGGCCGUUCCAACACGAAAAUGGUAGUAGUAACAUGUAUACAAGAUUAUUAUCACAAACAUUGUAGUAGAAUUUAAUUAAAAAAUGAUUUUCUUCACCAAAAUUUAUAGUAACUAUUUCUCCAUGCGAUCACAGUUACAAAUGUCAAACAUUUUUUCUCAGUGUGAGAUUACGUGAGAGAACCUUCCGUGAUCUAUAUGGACGCACGUAUAUUACACGUAUGACGUGGUGCGUGGGCAUCUACAUUGUGCUGCUUGUAACAGGUGGUACAGCUGUAUAGAUACGGCGAAAGAGAAAGAGAGAGAGAGAGAGAGAGAGAGAGGGAGAGAGCCAACAAGAAUGUUUCCGCAAUUUUGUUGGAUCUCCAGUCGACGCGAAUUUUAUUUGAUAUGCAGCUCGAGCGCAAAGUGUCACAAUUAAUUAAUAUGUUACAGACCUACAGUUUGAUAAAGUCUCCAUGCAUUAUCGAUGAAUCAUACGUGUACCAAAUCGCGACACUCUACGACCGAUUAAUUAGUCCGGCAAUAUUCGACGCGACGUUAUUGUGUGUUAUCAUACGUGUAAAUAUUGAAUCCCGCUUGCGAAACUUGUGAAUGAGAUUUGCGAGCGUCAAGACGCGAUCGCGACGGUUUCGCUCGCGACCGCGCGAUUAAGUCAUCGACUUUUCAGAGUCGUAGGAAGGGUGACGCGCGUCCGAAGGGAGCAUCGCGAGAUACAGUCGAGAGCGAGAAGGAUAUCGCGCGGGCAAACCGAGGAACGGCCGAUCAUGAAUCACGAGAACGGUUGAGGGCAGUAUGUGCGCGUUACGACAAGAGGCGGCAGAGGUGAAAGUGAAAACGACGAUGAAGAAGAGAGAGUGGCGCUUCUAAUUGGAGGAUGAACGGAUUUUUCAACUCCCUGAAAAACCUCGCGUCCGGUGGCGCGCACGCUGGCGGCUCUGCCUCGAGAUACGAGGAGCUGGAAGUCGAAGACACGAAAAUGAGGUUCAGUCUGACUCCGCAGCCAGGGGAAAGUGGUUUCAUACAAUGGCUAGACGCGAUGAAGAUGGUCGCCAGGUUGCAAGGAGGAAUACCGCCGGAAUUCCGAAAAAGAUUGUGGCUGACGCUAGCGGAACGUCAUCUGGAACAACGGGGCGUAGAUUGGAAGCAGGCCGAGAAGGUCUGUUUCAACGAGUGGAGUAAUCCCGACGACGAAGAGCUCGGCAUACAAAUCGUGAAAGACCUGCACAGGACAGGCUGCAGCCUGUUCUGCGGGGCUGCCGGCCGGGACAAUCAGGCUGUGCUCCGUCGGGUGCUGCUCGGCUUCGCCCGGUGGAACAAGUCCGUCGGCUAUUGUCAAGGUCUGAAUGUCUUGGCCGCCCUGGUGCUGCAGGUGAUGGACCGCGCGGAGUCAUCGGCCGUGAAGGUGAUGAUAUAUCUGAUAGAAGGCGUCCUGCCUGAGGGCUACUUCGCCGAUAAUCUGCGCGGCUUGUCCGUGGACAUGGCGGUGUUUCGAGACCUUCUGCGUUCGCGGUUGCCCAAGUUGUCCAAGCAUCUCGAGGCGCUCCAGAGUGACGCGAAGGACAAAGCGACUGGUAGCAGCUAUGAGCCGCCGCUCACGAAUGUGUUCACUAUGCAAUGGUUCCUCACGCUCUUCUGCCAUUGCUUACCGCAGGAAGCGGUGCUUCGUGUUUGGGAUCUGAUAUUUCUCGAAGGUGAUGAAGUACUCCUUAGAACGGCACUCGCUAUCUGGGAAGGCCUCUCCGAUCGCAUAAUGACCGUGACAUCAGCGGACGAGUUCUACAGCAUAAUGGGAGUGCUUACGCGAGAGAUGCUCGAAUUCACUGACACGAACAAUCUCAUAAAGAACAUCGUCAGCAUGGGACCCUUGCACGGUGUAACGAGUUUGAGAGAAAAACAUCGAUACAAUAUCACCCCAUGGGCGCGGAAACUGAGUGACGACGACGACAGCGAGACGGAAGAAGACGAGAGACUUGCUGUGGCGGCUGCCAUGUUUAGCAUGGCCCAGCGUAUAAAGAAAGAUCGUCUACCAUCGACAAUAGGAGCGUUACAAGCAAUAGCACCCAGCAGCGAUCGGGAACGACUUGCCCUAGAUAUUAGCACGCUGAAGCAGCAAUAUGCUAAACUGCGAGAGCGGCAGCGACAAGCGCACAUAAUACUUUCCGCCGCAUGUGCGAGACAGACCUUGGUACCUCCGCCUACUUCCACGGCUAUGAAUCAUCUGUUAGUGGGCAAAAAUGCCCUCGUAAGUGGAAAGAGUCGGCCAUUGAGUUUGCAGUCUGCCACUGCCACGUCGAAGUUACGACCGGCGGCCCUUCACAGCCCGAGAAGUCAAAGCCGCAGGGAGAGACAGGGUGUCACGCUUCACUGGAAAGACACGAAAAGACCGAAACAAAGAGCUGGCGAUGCUGGCGACGCCGAAGCCUUCGGUAGCGCGUUUUUGCAGUCACCUCCGGAGACGUCCUCAGUGACGUCGCCUAAUCGAAGUGUCGUCGACAGCGACAGUGACAGCACGUCGACGGAGCUGUGCGACGAGCCGGAUCGCCUGAGUGACGUCGAUAGCGAGGAGCUUACGUCAGCAUCCGACUCUUACGUCAUGGAGGACGAGAAGCAUCCUCGCGUCGAGAGUUCGUCGACCUCGGGCAGCACACCUGUACGCUCGUACACGAAGGGCGAACCGACGACGACAACGAUAGCGACGACGACAACGACGACGACAACGAUCGAGGAACCGCGAACGGAGCCGGUUCUCGAACGCAGCGAUGAGUCUCCGUCUCUGAGUGAGAUCUCGAUCGCUAAGAUCACGGAUCAAAUACGAAGGCUCUCGGCAGAGGAUGACAAUAAUACGACGGUUCCUCAGACAUUGAGCGCGCGUGACAACGACGAGCUGUCAGUGGGCGAUUUCUCGGUCCAGAGAUCACAGUCGAAGGAAACGAAGCCGCGGGAUUCUCUCGAUUACACGCCCGUUGAGGACGCGGCGAGAUCAUCGUCGAAGACUGUCGCUAGUUACGACUACCUAAGCCUUAAUUCUAAUCUCGUCGAGGAAAAGACGGGCGACAGUCUGACGCACAGAACGGAUCGACUGAAGAAUCUGGAGGAAAAAGAAGAAGUCGUUCGGGCUAACAGCGAAGAUAACAUGGGCCUUAAGACGAAUAUCAUGGAAAGCACCACGAGCAUAUUACUGGAUAAUUCUAAUGUGUUGGAACAACCGAGCAUCUCUUUAGAUAGAAAUUAUGAUAAAUUCAUCACGCCCUUGGACGUAGACAACAAGCCCUUAGAGUCCUCCUCGAGAUUUUCCAGCAAGAUUUACUUAUCUUCAAGCAGCGUUCUCGACUCGAGCGACAUCACGAAGAGCGAAGAUGUUGCGAGUAGCAGAGCUUUGGACGUCGCUGCGGAACGGCCGUUUUACACCAAAAGAUACGUUCUAGGACACUUGCCGAUCUCCCCGAUAACGAUCGAUAGCAAAUUGACGAAAAUGUCACACGACGUGCACAAUGUCGCGUUAAAACCGGAAGACCUAACGAGUCCUGAAGUAAUCUCAAAGAGACACACCUUUAUCGGCGACAAGGAAACGGCGAUACAGGCUAAGUCAUAUUGUGACUUGAAGAAGAGCCCAAAGUCUCCGGAAAGCACAAAGUCUUUCAGUUCCGGAGAGACCAUGGGUCCCGACUCGAAACCCUCUAGUUUGACGGUGAGUCCGAGAACGCCGGUAAGAUCGAGCUCACGCGACUUCGCAAUGGACAAGUCUUCGGCGUGUUCAUCGAUCAGCUCGGACUCCAAGACCCUGAUACUUCAUUCUGCGGGUUCGGACAUCGCGCAUGACAGUCCGCGGCCGAUCGUAAUGAAGACGUCUUACGAGAAAUCGAGCUCGUCGACUCCGAUUAGCACGGACUCCUUGAAAAACAAGUCGGACACCAGUCCGAAGCUGGUGAUCAGCAGCUCUAGCGACUCGUACAGCCCGGGUAAAAUUAAGUCUUCCGAGAAGUCGUUUAGUUCGGACCUGCAGUCACCCGUGAGUGCCAACUCCAUAAGGUAUACUACCAACUACGGUAAACGCGGCCAAGACAACGUGUCAGACUCGCCGAAUGACUUGAGCACCGCGACCUCGCCGUUCUACCCCAUCGCGAAUCCCAACCAGAAGACGCCGUCGCCGUACGGCAUGGGCAAACGACGGUGCAGCGUGGACAGCGUCGACACGUCGCCAGAUCAGAGGUCGAUCAGCUCAAGGGACUCGGCCAAGUUGUCGGGCUAUCAAGCGAAACUGGAUCCUACCGCGAGACCGAUUGAGGCUAAGGAAAGCACGUUCAGCGAUGCGGUCUGCGAGAGGAGCGAUCUGUUUGUUAGACCGCAAUUCGCUCUGAGUGCAGAGCCGAGUGCACACGCUGAGCUGAGUUACACGGCGAGGGAGAAGAGCAGAGCCGAGCCGAGCUCUUACGAAUUGAUCGGCGGCGGCAGCGAGUCUUAUCGUAAGUGCGAAGAUCUCGCAGACGACAAUGCAGACGAUCCGCUGUCUGAGAAGGACGUGGUGCCUCAAUUACCGCACGAGAAGCUCGACAAGCACUAUCUUAAUUACAGUUACAGGCGUCGGGAUCGAUCGAGGUUGACCGAGAGAAGUUCCAGCAGUUUAGAAAGUAGAUUCACCGAUGUAAAGUCGUCGACCUCGAGUGACGAGUUCAGCACGACCGUGGCGAAGAAACGAUCUAGCGACAUCCUGGAGGACAUGAAGCACUUGGAAGCGAAAGCUUUUAGCGACGGUUCGCCCGAUACGAAUAUGCUGUCGAAGAAGACGAGUGACAUCUGGGAAGAUAUGAAGAAUCUGGAGGCGAGGCGGCAAGAUACCUUUAGCAAUUCAGCGAGCGGUUUCUCGAAACGGCGGCUGGAGAUCCCAGAUAUUAAUAUCACGAGCGAAGGCAUAAAGUCUUACGUGGUGCAUCCGAGGAUUAACAUCGACGAAAACAGCGACAGUAUACUAAAGAGUAUAGCCUGCAAUAAGAACAACGGUGACGCAGACGACGGCAGGGAGUCGAAGGUGGGCGUGUGGACGAAGGUGAAACCGAGAAAGAAAGGCGACAACGGGCGCAGAAGUAGCGACAGGGCGUUGAAGAUCAUCCAGGAAAAUUCAGCCAUACUGCACAAGAUCCUGGCUUGCCAAGCGAAGAAACGCCUACCGGAUCUCGAGGAAAUAUCGAAGGAGAUUACCAUCAGUCCGAUAAACGAGGAGAUCUCCAAGAUAUUCAGUCCGAUCCUCGAGAAGAUGGGACUGAACGAGCACGAGAUCAAUGAAGAGUUGGCCAGAAUCAAUUUCAAAGACUUUGAUAGCAUGAGCGCAACCAGCGUGUCGGAGUUCGACGCUAAGAUCAACGACGAGCUGUCGAAGCUCUCUCUUAUCGACGACAUGGAGCAGAUCGAUCAUCUCGAUGUUGAUGAGAUCUAUCUGGACACUCGGGACGCGUUCAUAGAUCACAAGAUAAACGAGGAGUUCUCCAAACUGCUGGCCAACUACGAGGAAGAAUCGCCGCCGAGUAUGAUCAACCUGGAAAAAGGCUCAUCCAGCCAAAACAUAAGCGAGAUUGAGGGCCUCGAUCUCACCAGCAUCUCCACGAACGUGUUCUCCUACAAGUCCUCCAACGACUCAAUUGAAACGAGAAGCGAUGUCGAGUCUGCACACGAUGCAGUCGCGAUUCAACCCGAGAGAUUUCCGUACGCGGCGUCGAAAGUGUACGAACACGACAUGUCCCCCAAAAGCGACAUAGAUAUCUACAGGGAAUUGGAGAAGCUGGACAAGAUCUCGUCCGUUCAUAUCCUGCCGAAAACUCCUUUAAAAAAACGACUGUCCCCGAUUAUGUAUGACGCCGCACCUUUCCCGGAAACGCCAGUCACGACGAGAUACGCGCCCAAGACAAGCCCAUUCGACACGUCGCCUUUGAAAAGCACUUACGAAUCCUACAAGAGCUUCGACUUUUCGAACAGAAUAUCGCCACGGGAGAAUUCCUAUACGACGUACGAAAAGCCGGCAGACACUACAUUCGAGUACACGGAUCCCAAGCCGAAGAUUUCGCUUGAUUCGUACGACCUGCAUCCGAAAGUACCGAUAUUGUCGAAGGAGUCAUUGGAGUUUCGUGUGAGAUACGAUGAUGAGAAGCAGCCAAGGCAGAACAGUGGCGAGUACGCGACUGUCCAGGACGGCAGAGCGACGGUUUCCUUGAACACGACGACCUCGUACUACGGUAAGGACAACAACAAAGCGGUCACGCCGACGAAAUACGGCGGUAAGGAGGAGAAACGUCUAGACGUCGGUGACUAUUCCAGCGAGUACAAGUCGGACAGGUCGGAUCUGCUGCGUCACAAGUACGACACCUUGUCCCCAAAGGAAUAUUCUCACGCUCGAAGCACGGACUACGACAAACCUUUGAGCGUGCUACCGAACCUCAUAGUGGAACCGGAGCCGGAUAUCGGUUCCUAUCUGCCGACAAGACACCGCGACUACAACGUGCUGUCGCCCAAUCGUCAAUACAGAGAUCAGUACUUCCCCAGCAGCCCGAAUCAUUACACCCCGAAACUCUCUCCGGAUCUGGCGGAAGAGACGAAGAGACCGGCGGUCUUGCGCUCGGAAUCGCCGGAUAGCAUCGACGUCAGCAAAUACACGGAUCUGAUAAGCAAGGGAUCGAACUGCUACAAGAAGUCGACAUUGAGUCUCGGCAACAUAGAAAAUGCGGACAAGAGCGACGAGAACGCCGACAGCAGUCCGAGUCCAAAGACACACUUUAGUCCUUUCCCUGUUAAAAAUCAUUCUAGGAAGCCCAAAGAAUUGACGCUGAAGCUGGGUCUCUACUCACCCAAAAGUUCCGAGUACGGACAAUUGAAGAAGUCAUAGUGCUCAGUGACUCGUCGACGCGAUCGAGCUUCCAAUCUACUUCAUGGAAGUUUGCGCGCAAGUUGCUUCGCGAAAAGGGACAUUCGUAUUCGCUAGUCAAUCGUUACGAUAGAUUCCUACACUGUAAGCGAGAGCAAGCGUCGUACAUCGACGAUGCAAGUUUCAGUGUGUCCUCUUCGCCCCCUUCAUUCCCUUCCCUGUGUCGAUUUUCCGAAUUUUAACAAAGUGGGCCUAAAUCGUCGCCUAAUCAUUCCUAGGUCGUGAUUCUCGAUACUGUUAGAUGAAUUAGGUGACGUAAGUUUAAUUAACUAGCAACAUGGUCGUAGAUUUAAGACGACGAUUAAACAAAGCGGAAAGUUGUACAAGUUCUUUCUUUCCUUCUUUUCAUUGCUCGGUCGCGGACAGCUUCAAACUACUGUGAGCAGUUUUCUUUCGCUUUUCCUUUUCGUCAAAUGGCGCGCAAGUCUGUCUGUUGGCGGAGAUCAAAUGCCGCGUUUAAAUAACGCAGGAAGAAAGAAAGAAGAAACGAAUGUACAGACUGCAUCGUGUACUGUAAUCGCGAUAAGUGCGAAAUAAUAUAUCUCCGCGAAUGCAAUUAAAUUUGGGAAUAUUGCUGAAAUGAUACGUCGUGCGUUGUUGACACGAUUACGAAACAGCAAAUCCCGGGCAAAGCAGAUUAACGAUGAAUUCAAUUACCACACCCAGUCGCAAACGUAUACCCGCUUUCUCUCUCCUUUAUUUCAUCACUAAAAGGACAACUCUAUGCAUUUCACUGAUAUUCAAGUACUCGUGUUUAUUCAGACGUGACAUUAAAACAAAGCUCGAAAAACUUUGCGCGCACUUUACUCCAAUGUUCUUACUGCACUUAAAACACUCGCAUAAAUGUAAUGUCGCUAAAUUUGCGGAUGAAAUGCCUUCGAUUCCCUCCAAUUGUCUACUAUGCCAAAAAUUUUCCUACUUGAGACGACUUCCAGACCGAUUGCGAUAUCUAUCAUAGACUAACGCUUAACUAAGAAUAUCUUACGCCUUCUCGUGUCCUCUCUUAAUUAUGUCGUACUAACGGCCAUUGUUACUGCGGGACGAUACAUUGGGAACGAACGACGAGCAUCUAUUGUAGUAUGUGUGAUUUCUCCUGUAAGGCGAUACACGAGAGAAGAGAGAGAGAGAGAGAGGGACGCGACGUAAAUUGACGAAAGCUGUCGAGAUGGAGCUUAAUUUGUUCGUAUGUUUGCGCGAAACUGAUCGUACGGAUAUACUUCUAAGCGAAUUGUGCACUACAAAUUAGACGAUAAAGAGGAGACGCGUGGAUUGUACAUAUAUAUAAUUCCAGCUAUAUAUUGUGUACUACAUGCUACAAAACAACUUCAAGGGGUCCUUCUCUCAGAAUCUUUUUAUAUAAAAUAAAAGUAGUAUUUUUAGAGAUGUUUCUAAUAAGAAGUAUAUAUACAUAUACUAUAUUGCAGUAUUGGGAACCAGCUUGCUUGAACGGGCAGCAGCUUAAGCGCGACUAGAAAAGAGCCUGUUGCUACAAUUUUGAAUCCUUGCUCAUAAACGGCUUCAAUAUACAAACGAGAUAAAAAAAAAAAAAAUCGCGCAUUAAGGGGACCCGCGCGGCACAUUUUUCUAUUUUAUCGUAACGAUUUGAACGUUUUGCUCUUAUCGAAAUAUUUGAUCGAUCGGUUAACAGCGUGCUUGAGAAUGUUAGGGAGAUGCUUCAGUAACUCGCCUGUACAGAGUGUGCGGAGAAAUCGUUGUAUAAUUCAUUCCUCAUCACCGCGUAAUAUUUCGCAUCGACGCAAGUGAA